CCUCUCCUGGAUACCACGACCACCCUACACGCCCUGCCCUCUGCCGCACCGCAAUGUCGUCGUCAUCAGACGUCAACCACAUCACAAAUGGGCUCAAUGGAGCUUCACUAGAGGAAGAGGAGGAGAUCGACUACACCGACAUCGAGGAGAGGUACGCAGUAAGAUUUGAUGAAGGUCUUGACCAUGUCAUCGUUAUCGAUGGAGUGCCCAUCGUAGACGACUCGAAGAAGGAGAGGUUGUUCGACACACUGAAGAAGAGGUUCAGGACACAGACUGGAUUGGACGUAGACGUGGGCAACUUCCAUAUGCCUUUCGGAGAGGAUGAGAAGUCAAAGGGCUUCAUGUUCAUUGAGCUUGACAGCGCCGAUGAUGCUGCGCUCGCCAUCAAGACGAUGGACGGCUACCCCUUCGACAAGAAGCACCGCUUUGCAGUCAACCGAUUUAGCGACAUCGAGUCCCUAGCCAAUCUCAGCGAGGAGUAUGUGGAGCCUGCCGAGGAGGAGUACGUGGACAAGGAGCAUCUGCGAUCUUGGCUCCUUGACCCUCAGGGUCGAGACCAGCUCGUCAUGUGCCGAGGAGACGAUGUGCAUGUAGCCUGGCACAACAGACAUGCCCCGCCCCAGAUCUUCCACACCAACAACAGGUGGACCGAGUCGUACGUGCAAUGGACUCCCCUCGGAACUUUCCUUGCUACCUUCCACAGGCAAGGUAUCGCUCUUUGGGGCGGGAACACAUGGCAGCGCUUCAUGCGAUACGCUCACCCAGGAGCCAGGCUGGUGGACUUCUCGCCUUCUGAGAAGUACAUGGUGACGUGGUCACAUGAACCCAUCGUUGUCCCAGAGAACGGACCUAUCGGACCUCAGCAUUUCACCGCCGAUGACGAGGGCAACAGGGUAGCCGUAUGGGAGGUCAAGACCGGCCACUUGCUGCGAACAUUCCCGCUGCCGCCGGACGACGAGGAAAAGAAGGGUUUUAGCUGGCCCUUCCUGAAGUGGAGCGGUGAUGACAAGUACUGUGCGCAAGUCGUACCAGGAAAGCAGAUCCGCGUUUACGAGACUCCAUCCAUGGGUCUCCUGGAGAAGAAGAGCAUCAACAUCGAUGGCGUGGUGGACUUCGAAUGGUGCCCUCUGUCAGACGCAGACAAGGCCGCCAUCGAGGCAUGGGGAGACGGAACAAACCCAGCCAAGGGUGCUAAGAAGCCCCGCGACAACAUGCUUGCAUUCUGGGUGCCUGAGGUUGCCAACCAGCCAGCUCGUGCGUCCGUGAUGCAGGUGCCAUCGAGAGAGAUCCUGAGAUCCAAGAAUCUGUUCAACGUUUCGGACUGCAAGCUGCACUGGCACCCUCAGGGCAACUACCUCUGCGUCAAGGUCGACCGUCACACAAAGACGAAGAAGUCGAUGUUCUGCAACUUUGAGAUCUUCAGGAUGAGGGAGAAGGACUUCCCAGUCGAAGUCGUGGAGCUCAAGGACCCAGUCACUGCUUUUGCUUGGGAGCCGUAUGGAUCGCACUUUGCCGUCAUCUCAUCAAAUGACCCCAAUCUGGGUAUCAUUGCCCCUGGUAUCACAGUGAAGACGCAGCUCAACUUCUUCCACCUCGACCCCAAGAAGGGAGACUUCCGACUGCUGAAGGUCCUGGACAACAAGACAUGCAACACAGUCUUCUGGUCGCCCAAGGGCCGUCAAGUGGUGGUAGCCACCCUCGGCUCCUCGCAGAAGUUCGACCUGGAAUGGUACGACGUGGACCUCAACGCGGAUCUUCGCCAAGGUGUGCCCGCUGCCGACCCGGCCGAGGAGGUCAGGCUCAUCGGUCAGGGAGAGCACUACGGUAUCACCGACCUGGAGUGGGACCCCUCUGGACGCUUCGUCGCCACGAGUGCCAGCGCAUGGAGGCACUCUCUCGAAAACGGCUACGCAAUUUGGGACCUGAAGGGUCAGGAGCUGCAAAAGCAAGUGCAAGACCGCUUCAAGCAGAUCCUCUGGCGCCCACGUCCUCGCACUCUCCUAUCCAAGGAAGCUCAAAAGCAAGUGCGUCGCACGAUCCGAGAGAUCGGCAAGCAGUUCGAGGAGGAGGACCUGGCAGAGGAGAGCAACUUGGCUCUGCAGAACAAGGAACUCUACCUGCGUGCUCUGGACGAGUGGAAGGCCUGGAGGGCAAAGACCAAGGCCGAUCUGGCCGAGCAGAGGGAGGCACUUGGAAAGGAGCCUCUUCCUUCUUUGGCGGAACAGAUCAAGGCGGAGCCCACACAGGAGAUCCAGGAGUGGCAGGAGGAGAUCAUCGAGGAGACGGAGGAAGUCGUCAUCUGAUUGUGUAUGUGUGCCGACGUGUGUGUGCGCGAGUGUGUGGUCGAUCAUGGUGUACUGUUUCCCUUGUCAUCGUAUUCGCUAUGCAUCAUCGCCUUGCCUCCUCACAAUUCAGAUUGGUUCUUCAUUG